AUUCCACCACUCGUCACUCGUAAUCUACUCCACAUCACAUCAUAUUUUAUUUGUCACUCUUUUCCGCCUUUCGCGUCCCUCCUUGUAUUAAUUUACCAUGUCCCCCGCUCUAAUUAUCGUCGCUGUUGGUUAUCUCCUCAUUCAUUGUUAUCUAUUUUUCGUGUUCCAUUGAAAGUUUAGUGUCUUGUUCUUCGACUUCUCUGGUGAUUUUUCGCGAGUGUCAACGGGCCGGAGAGUCUGAAAACGUACCAGUCUAAGCAAAAUCUGACCAUUAUCGUUAUUCGAUCCAAAAUUCAAUAGCGUGAAUUAACUUGCCAAACGUUUUUCCUUACGCGUGCUCUCCCUGGCGCAUUUCAAACAUCAGCUACCCCUUCAGAUCCUUUCGAGGCACACUUCAAGGUUCAGUAAUGAAAGCUGCAGAACUUAACUCCUCUGUGGACCCUCCGAAGCAGCCUCCGGCAAAAUUUUCGUUAGUUCCGAAGAUUGUUAAUGGAGGAAUAGCCGGGAUUAUUGGUGUCACUGUUGUUUUUCCUCUGGAUCUGGUCAAAACAAGAUUACAAAACCAGCAAACCGGCCCAAAUGGAGAAAAAAUGUAUUCUUCCAUGUUGGAUUGCUUCCGCAAAACGUACAAAGCUGAAGGAUACUUUGGAAUGUACAGAGGUUCAGGCGUCAACAUACUGCUCAUAACACCGGAGAAAGCCAUCAAAUUAGCUGCAAAUGAUUUUUUCCGACAUCAAUUAUCGCCUGGCCCAGGAAAAGCUUUACCUCUAGAACGUGAAAUGAUGGCUGGAGCAGGGGCAGGAUUCUGUCAAAUUGUGAUCACAACACCAAUGGAGUUGUUGAAAAUCCAAAUGCAAGACGCCGGGCGUGUCGCUGCAGCAGCAAAAGCAGCUGGUAAAACAGUUCCAAAAAUUUCAGCGACAUCUCUCACAUUAGAAUUACUGAAAACAAAAGGAAUUCUGGGACUUUAUCGUGGCACCACUGCUACGAUGUUGAGAGACGUAUCCUUUUCUGUGGUCUACUUCCCCUUGUUUGCCAGACUGAAUGCCCUAGGACCGCGAAAGAGUGAUGGAUCAGGUGAAGCUGUUUUUUGGUGCUCGUUCUUGUCUGGAUGUGUAGCUGGCUCAACAGCAGCUUUGUUCGUCAAUCCUUUUGAUGUUGUGAAAACCAGAUUGCAAGUCAUCAACAAAGCAGCUGGAGAACGUACCUACUCUGGAGUUGGUGAUGCAAUAACCCAAACUCUGAAACACGAAGGAGUCACAGCAUUCUUCAAAGGUGGUGCAUGUCGUAUGAUUGUGAUUGCUCCAUUGUUUGGCAUUGCCCAAACCGUAUAUUACCUAGGAGUCGCUGAGAAAUUACUAGGCUACAGUAAAUAAACUGCCCUGGGCCCUUGUUUUAAUCUAAGUGAAUCCCACCAUAGAAUUUGCUGUAUAACAUUUGCGGUAUUACGAGAUUCAAUCUCAGGAAAAUUCUUACCAUACUGGUUUGUGUCACUAGUCAUUCAUGUUUAUCUAGUUCCUUUCCCACACAACACCACAAACUUUGGUAACGAGUACCAAAUCCUAGUCAAUAUUCGUUCACUUUUGCUAAAGAUCAAACUGUAAAGUGAGAGUAAAGUAUAUUAUAAGCUAAUGAAAUGUUCACUCCCAAUAAUAAAAGUCUCCUCUUGAUACCGCUUCAGUUGAUACUCCUAACCCUUUUACAUUAAUUGGUUUACUAACCCCCUAGAGCUUCAUGGAUUAAAUGAUAAAUCAAUGAUUUCAUUGUUAACUUAAAAAAUCGGUCGAUUUUCUAAGAAGUGAGUCAAAUGAAUUUGAUGAGAUAUUAGAAUUUAGUAUUUUAACAUUAAAAGAAAGAAAAAAAAGAUAAGAUAAAAAAUAUGGUGAAAAAACAAAUAAUCUCACCCAUUAAAGUUGCCUUGUUUAAUGACAGUUUUCUCAAGUCAAAACUUUUUAUUGUGAAUUGAUUGUCAAAGUUGCACAGGUAUUGCCUUCCCCAUCCUUUAUUCUUCAUUUUCGAUUCUCGAUAGUAAAAUUGUAGAAGUUCAUCUAUUUCUCUACAAAUUAAGGCAAAUAUUUCACUCUCUGUCUAUUUUAAUUUUUUUAAGGUCUAAUGUGUCCUUUCUUUGUACCUAAUUAAUGCGCCUAACACCUUUUUUUAGUCCCAUCACUUUACAGGCCUCUGAUUGUUCGAUGAAGACUCAAGUUUGACAAAUCAGAAGUCAAUGUUUAGUUCUGUAGUUUGACGUAUUAGACAUGUUUCUCAAAAAUCCAAGGAUUAAAAUUGACUUAUUAGAGAUCAAUUUUCAUAAGAGCCAUUCGGAAUCAGGUACCAUCAUACAGUCUUUGUUCUUGGUUAAAUUAGACGAGUAAAGUGUUAUCUUCUCUUUCUCACACAUGUCAGAAAGAAAGCAUUCAUCAAAUUCUCCAUGAAUCAUUUCAUACAUCUUGUAACAUUAGAUUAAAAUAAUGUCAGACUUUGUUUUUGUCAAUUGUACAUCACUCAAGCUUCUCACAAAACAUAGAAGUUAGUCACUCCGUUCCUAAUUAUUUAAUAUCCUGUUUUACUUCUAGUUUAUUUUUCUUCUCUUCAAAUGAGUGGGCUGGCUAAGUAUUCUGUAGCUGGCAAAUUAAGUUUUGUGAAAUGUUGUUGCUGCCAUUUUUAAUAGGCGUUCCAUUGGUUUAGAGAAAACUAGGAUUUGCAUCUUUAGAUUUAGACCCUUGCUGAACGUCCCCUAAUUACAUGCAGCAUGCAGAAGAAUUGAUGCCCAAAUGUCUAAUUUAAGUAGUAAGCUGCGUAAUUGUGUAUUGUAUUCUACUCUUUAAUUUAAUUAUGUAGUUAAAGUAGCUGUUACAUUAAGUGGGAGUAUUGAAAGAGCCUCACUUUUCUAUAGCUAGAAAAUUUGCAUUUAUUUUGGGAUUCUUGAGAAGGUGCUUAACUUGAUGUUUAUGUAAGACUGAUCUCAUUUCAUGUAUUAUACAGAUGGCUGUAGAAUAGACCAUGAUUCGGCAAUCAAUGAUGUAGUUUGGUCAGGCUAAGUAUCUUCAACCAUGAUUGAUCGUAGUAUUCAUAUUUCUAACAUUCUCACGCUCAUGAACAAUUUGACCGAUGAAUAUUGCUCCACCAUAGCAUGUAAUACACAAUUUAGCAGGACCCAUGUAGCAUUAAACAAAUUAGUUGCAAGCACAAUACUAGCUGAGCGCAAUUUUUGUCAAGACUCGAACAACUGUUUAAAAAUUAUUUUGAAAAUAGUUUUUAAAGAAUUGUAGAGGAACUCAGAAGCAUUAAAAUUUUUUGAACAUCAUUUUUAACAAGUACUUUCUUUUGGAGUUCUUUUAUCCAUAUUUUCUAAAAAAAAUAACAAAUUUUUUUAAGUCAUUAUAAAUUCAUGUAUUGCCUCCUCACCAAGUAUUUAAUGCACAAUUUCAAUGUUGAUGAGAGAUUUUUCGACCAAUCGAAAUUGCCUUCAAUGAAUUUUUUUGUGUCCCUGUAAGAAUUCAGAUGCCUCAAGAGUGGUCAUAUGCUUUCAUAGCUGGAAAUAUAUGUUCAAGUUUGAAAUGAUUACUCAAGCAAGGGGUGCCUAACUGAGUUUAAGUAAUAUUCUACCAUCCAGUCAAAAAACACAGUUCCAAAAAUUUAGAUGAUAGAGUUUUAGUAUCUAAAUCAAUUGUAUGCUUUAAAACAACGUUUUUAAUGUUUCUAUCGCACAGUAUUUUAUACCUGUAGAAAAGUAUUAUUUUUUUAUUUUCUUGGAGAAGUUUGAAAAUUUUGACCAUUUUAUUUUCCCUUGAAAAUUUUUUAACUGUACGAAGGGACAAUGUAACCAUACUUUUCACGGAUAUCAAUGACUACAUUUCAUCAUGUUGUUGGAUUUCUACUUUGAAUUGGGCUGAUAAUUGUCUCAUCGUCACUCCUUGUAGCUGAUACCUUUUUUGAUACUGCGAAGCUGAUUGUUAUUUGAUCAUCUCUUUGCAAGGAGUAUAAGCCAAGUAAUAUCUAGAAAAUUAAGUUUUAAGGCCAAAAUUUUUCCUAGGUCCAUCUUCAAUCAUUGAGAUUUUGUAGAGAUUUACUUUAAGCACCCUGAAGGAGUAUUCUGUUGUCUAAUUUUAUGAAACUCGUAGUUCUUUUGGUAGUUGAUCGUAAGAUGCAUUCCAACGUGACAAAUUUUCAAAAAGCUAUGAUUAUAAAGGCAUUGGAUUUCUGAACUAACUAGAAGUCUUUGAGUUUUUAUGAAAAAUUACAUUCAAAGCAUAAAAUAGUUGAACCUCUAAGACAGGUAAACCGAUUGUUUAACAGAACAGCCAAACAGUAAUUGAAAGCAAUGAGAACUAUUAGAAGGGCUAUUAGAAAUGAAGAGUGUAGUUAAGUAUUUUUCAGAAGUAUCAUCUAUGUUCCUCCACCACUUUCCAAUGGAUUGGUUUAUCUUUUUGGAGCAAAUUAUUGUUGAAGUUUAUUUUAGCAAAAUAUGUAAGAUGAACAUUUGUUUAAAGAGGGUAUCAUUUAAUCUCAUUAUAGGCAGUUUUUAGACAAAUAUUUGCUUUAUGACUUCAGGUCAGCUCAGAAACUUGUCUGCAAAACCUGCUUGUUGUCUCGCAUGAGCAUGUUUGGAGCCUCAUUUAUUUUAUCAUUGUUGUGUUGAUAACAUUUCUUCCGAACAUGUCAAAUGUCAUUCUAUAUGAUCAUUGUUGUUAUUUAAUAUGUAAGAAGUCUCAAAGACUGUGACUGCAGCCAUGUGAAGCUAACGAACUUAGUACUUUGACAAUAUAUUUUAUGUAAAUGUUAGUAAGUGUUAAGAUGAAUUUCAAAUUUACCUACCUACACAUGAUAUUUGAAAAAUUUACAUGCUGAAAGUGGUAUUUGAAUGUAUUAAAAGAGUGUCAUUCUAUCCUUUAUGUUACAUUGACUUUAGAUCAAAAUCUUUUUUGUGUCAAAAUUCAUCAACAUUAUUCGUUAAUAAAAAUAUUUAAUUGCUCAUGAGAUAGAGUCAAUUAUUUUCUUUUCCUCUCUUCUGUUAGAUAUAUUUGUGAUGAACAUCGAAAAGGAACUUACUUUUGUAUAAAAUUCUAUUUUUGAUCCAACCGAGGAGGAAAUGUAAACAAUCUGUGUCAUCAAAAGUCAGUCGCCUAAAUUUCAUCAUAUUUGAUUUUGGGAUAAAUCCCUCAUUAUCUCGAUGCUUUUUUGUAAAACAAUAAAUUAUUCUAGAGUAUCUUCCCAAUUUUGAACUCUUUAGGUUGGUGGUCCGAAGCCUGUGUGAGCAACUCAGCAUCGCUGAGAAAUACCAGAAAAAUUUUUUAGCUGAGCUCUCCGUUCAGUCAAGAGGAUCUCUUGAAUGUUUUCUUGUCAGACUUUUCCCCUUGAGUUUGGUCCCUAAUUAUAGAGCUACAUACAUCAUAAAUAAAAUAUCAUGAAUGUAAGCGAAUGUAAUGCAGCCGAAAUAAUGAAGGUACCUAACACUAAAACCCUGAGACAGUAUGUUCCUAAGGGUCAAGAAACUAUCUAAAGCAAGCAAAACAGCAGUUGCUCAGAAACUUAGGUAAUUCAACUGCAGCCCUGGGAUAUAUUCUGUUUUUAGACAUGCUUGCAGAUGUUCAGGUUAAGAGCUGGCCAUCGAUUUAAGCCUAAAAUAUAUUGUCAUUAAACCUAUAACAUCAUAAUUUUACAAGCAAUACCACCAGCUCUUUGGGAAUCAUUAAGAAAUUUAAAAAAAAUGAUCAAAAUGUCGAAAUUGUAUGUUUCCCUGCUUUACUAGCCCUUCUCUGGUUGCUAUACCUAGUUGAAUUUUUUUGUUAUGAAAGUGUCAUGAAGUUUUAUGUUGUAAUAUAGUGUUGAAUAGAUCAAAAUACAAAACAUUAAUUGUCAAAAA